AGUACCGUAUGAAUAUUAAUAUGGAUGGAAAUGCACGGUGAGGAUGCCCAGCCUGAGCCAACGCUGCAUGCGCGCUGAUGUCUGCGCAUUUUUUUUUCUUUUUUUUUUGUUUUGACGUUUUUCUUUUUUUCUCCCUCUGCCAUAACCUGGAAAGCAUGCUUCGUUUCGCGUCGGAGCCUUUAAAUAGUGUUUUCACUGGAGCCUUUUCUGCCGUCGUGUAGUGUAUUUGCUGCGCGGGUUUUGCGUCGCAUGUCGCGCCGGCCAGCCUCCCUGCCAGUGCCGACUCCCGGCGGCUCUGCGCGCUGGCUCGGAUGAAAAUGGAAGACCUUUCACGUCAGGCAAAGGCGUCAGUCCGAUGAUGUGCGUCUGAAUAACCGAUUUUUCAUCUCCACGUCAAUUGACACAUCUGGGAACGGAUUUUUUUGUACCCCCCUCCCUUCUUGUCUAGCAGCAAGACAGCUGUGUCAUCAACAACCGGCGUGGUUUUGUUGUUGUCUGAUUUUUUUACGAGUCUGGGCAAACUGGAUACGCCUGUCGUCGUAUACUCUACCUCUGCGCCAACCAUAGGCUUUCCAGUCGCCAAGAGGAGGGCUGCCCGCGGCGUACAUCCGCUCCUCCUGAGUCCUCACCUAUACCAUGAGCUCUGGCUCGGCCCAGGAUGUGGCAGUCGAGCAUUUCCUGCGUGACAUAGAGAGGCGAAGCAAGUGGCUGCACUGCGCUGUGAUUGGCUGUGAGGAGGAGCGAUCCCGCAGCGACAUGAACCUGCUGUAUCGUAAAAGCCGCUUGGACUGGAGGCAGAGAGACCAGGAGGGGAGUAAAAAGAGCUCCACCCAAAACGACACCUCAGCCACCGUCGGCAAAGUCAGAGACUUGGCUUCGUUCCGACGGCACUUCCGGAUGGGUUUCAUGACCAUGCCCGCCUCGCAGGACCUGUCCCCUCACACUUGUGCCUCCGCCAUGGCGCCGCGCUCGCAGUCCUGCCACGCUGUCGGCGCCGGGGACGCGGGCCUGGAGAACGGCGACUACUCCGACACCCAGUCUCAGCACGGCGGCCGCUGCCCCCCGGCCAAACCCAAACGCCACCCGAGCACCCGCCUCAGCUCGUCCUCCGCCGACAGCAGAGGACCCCCCGAGACCCCCCCGCCCCCCCCGCCCUCUCACUCCCAGGGCAAACACUCAGACAAGAAAAAUGCCAUGAAGAAGUCUGACUCCGGGGACAUGGGAGGGAAGAAGGUGCCUCCUCUAAAGCCUAAGAGAAGUCCCAGCACUCAGCUGACCUUCGACCCCCUGCCUCCUCGCGUGCCUCCUCCCGCCUCCAUGCCGUUCCAGGCGGCGGACUCUCAGAUCCAGACGGGAGACGGGGAGGACGAGCCGGUCUACAUCGAGAUGGUGGGCCAGGUGUUCACCAGGGACAGCCAGACCGCCACGCCCCACCCCGUCACCCCCGUGGCCACCACGCCCGACUCGGACUCGGACCAGAGCGAGGCCAUCUACGAGGAGAUGAAGUACCCGCAGCAGGACGACAGAGAGUCCCAGAGACACUUCCCACACAAACACGAAAAACUGAAAAGCUCAAAGCACUUCCACGUCACGCCUUCCUCGUCCUGCGGCUCCUCCUCCCUGCCGCGUCCCUCCUCGUCCUCCCCGUCGUACUCCAAACCUAAAUCCACAGUGUCCAUUUCUCACUCGUCUCCUCUGCCCUCCUCGGCAUCCUCCACCCCCGUACCCCAGCUGCUCUCCACCAGCCCGCACACGCCGCGAGCUCCGACCCCCUACCUGCUGCAGGGGGGUAAGUCCGAGUCCGAGUCCAACACAAAGAUCCCGGCCCCCUUCCCCAACCUCCUGCAGCACCGGCCCCCGCUUCUCGCCUUCCCGCAGCCCGCGGCCGCCUCCAGCGGCGUCGGGGUGCAGAAUAAGUCGUCUGCCUCCGCCAAGGCCGGAACCCCGACGUCCGGCUCGGCGACACAAGCCGGCACGUCGUCCUCGGCUUCGUCCGGCGUCCUGGCGUCCCUGUCGGGGUCCAAGGAGCCGUCGGGAGGAGGCGCGUCGCAGCAGGACAAGCACAGCAGAGAGGCCGGGUUCGGCCCCGCCCCCGGGCUGAGAGCACGGAGUCAUUCCACGCCGCUGCCCCCCUCCUCCAAAUCCACGUCCCCUUUCUCCCACCACCACCACCACCCGCACCACCGGCCCUCGCACUACCACCACUACCGGAAACCGGACCGGGGGGACUCCCCGGUCCCCACCAAGAGCGGCUCGCAGAGCUCCAACCAGGCCACGGUGCAGACGCAGACCUCGGGCUCGGGCAAGGAGGGGAAGUCCGUGAGCUUCCUGCUCAAGUCUGAUAAGGGGGACAGGGACAAGGACAGGGAUCGAGACCGAGACCGGGACAGAGACCGGGACCGAGACCGAGACAGAGACAGAGACCGGGACCGGGAUCGGGACAGAGACAGAGAGAGGAACAGAGGUAGAGACAGGGAUCGGGAAAGAGACAAGGAGAAGGACAGAGACAAGGACAGGGAAAGGGAAAGGGAUAAGGACAGAGAUAAAGAAAGGGACCGGGACAGAGACAGAGACAGGGAAAGAGAUAGAGAAAGAGAUAGAGAAAGAGAAAGAGAUAGAGAUAGAGACAGGGAAGGAGGACCACACUCUCUACCGAUAGAAAGCUCCACCACAUCCAGCAGUCAAUCAUCUCAAAGCAUCACCAGCUCCACGCCGACGCCCUUGUCCUCGUCUCAGCGUCCACAUUCUCGCCCUCACCUCCGCUCUCACACCCCGCACGGCCUGCCGGCGUACAAGCCCCCGUCCUCGGACAGCCCCCUGCUCUGGACCUACCCCUCGGGGGGCUUCCGCAGGCCGCCGGCCUACGAGAGCUUGAGAGGCAGCACCCAGACGCCGUCGCUGCAGCAGCCGUCCAGCCUCACGGGCGUCGGCGAGGGCGUGUCCAAGAGCAACGGCGGGUCCCUGUCGCUCCAGACUAAAGUGGGCUUCAUGCCCUGGGACAGCAGCGCCAACCUGUCCGCGGACGAGAGGUCUUACUGGCCCAUGCAGAGGAAGCUGUCCUUCAGCCACGGCAGCAGAGAGACGGAGAAGGAUGAAGGACGCGCCUGGAACGGCAGCGCCGACGCUCUGUUGAGGGUGGAUAAGGAGGAUCUGGGGAUGGGGUCUCGAGGAGGCCAGUCGAGCAUCCCCACCCACUUCAGCAGCCGGGCCCUCGGUCACAGCGACUCCCUGGCCGGCGUGGACAGCAGCUCCGGAUUCAGGGCUCUGCCCAGAGCAGGACUGCCUCUUCCCUGCCAGACCUUCCCUGCGUGUCGAAACGGAGAAGUGGGGCGGCUGGGCCGCUCCUCCUCUGCUGCCGGAGUGAGACAAGUGGGUGGAGAUGUCCAGAGACAGAGCAGUCUACCAGCACGAGAAGCCCUGAAUCAGUUGCACGGCCUGGCCCCGCCUCAGCCGCCCUGCAGUCCCAGCAGUCCCAGCGUUUCUCGGCAGCAGCAGCAGGCUCAGCUCCAGCAGCAGCAGCUGCAGCUGAAGCAGCACCUCCAGCAGCUUCAGCAACAGCACCACCUGCAGCUGCAGUUCCAGCAGCUCGCCCAGCUGGCACAGGGACAGUCUGCUGUCACUGGAGGUACAAACCCGCCCACCUCGCAGACCCAGAGAGACGGCAAGCUGCUGGAAGUCAUCGAGCGUAAACGCUGUCUGUGCAAGGAGAUCAAGGCCCACAGGCGCCCUGACAAAAGCCUGUGCAAACAGGACAGCAUGCCCAUCCUCCCUAGCUGGAGACGGACACCUGAGCCUCGAAAGACUGGCACGCCACCCUGCCAGAGGCCACAAGCUGUCGUGUGGGACACCGCUAUUUGAAAUGGAAAGACAGCCUCUGAAAAAACACACAGACGAGCAGAAGAUGGUUGAAUUAACGACGGUAAAAUGGAGAAAGUCGCUGGCAAAUUCUUUCAAAGGUUGACCGCAGGAAAGAGAGACUAUGGAUGAAGAAGAAAACACUUGUUACUACUCUGAUUUUGUUCAAGGCUGAGUUGAAACCUAGAAUGACGGGGAAUGGACACUUUAAAAAAAGGCUGAUCGUAAGAUUAAGGAAAUAAGUGUUACAAUCAGACAAAAUUGAUUUCUUACCCAGCUGAUUUGUAUUUCUUUUGUACUAUGUACGACACUGACGUGUUCCAAUUGCCAAUGAUUUUUGCCACAAGACACCAGUAUUACUGCUACAUUAGAAGAUGCCCACUAAAUAAUAAAGGUUGGGUUGUUUUCUGAGAUUGGUAUUGCCAAAUUCCCUCCUGACUACUUGAGACAUAAUUUCUCCAGCUCACAGAUGCCCAACAAGCAUAGAAACUAUUCUGUGGAUGAGGAAAGGUGGGACUCAUAGAUAAGUUAUUGAAGUGUUUCUUGAAAUAGUGAAUGUAUAUGCGAUGUUUUGGUAUCAAUAGAUUGUCAUUGUGGAUGCAAAUAUUCAUCACUGAGAAGUAAAAAGCUACCUACUGUAUCUGUUUGCAUAUUUGUAAUGUAAAUCUAUUUACUUUCUCAACGUUUCUGCAAUUUUAUAGCAAUAUGCUCCAGAAUCCGGAGCAAUAUAAUUAAAACUUGUGUCAACUAGCCUAACAUACAUAUCUAAGACUUGAAUAAGUCAUAUUUACUGUGUCAUUCUCUGCAUGUCACGAUAGACAUACAGUGUUGUACAAAAGAAGAAGAAGAAAAUGUGUAGAGAUGAUCACGUCAGACUUUUCCAUUUCAGCUGAUCUUCACUAUGACCAUGUGUGUUUGUAGGAAAAGAUGAAGAUGUUGCUGGGGGCUAUCAUUAGAAGAAGAGGCACGUACGGUGCAGUCCAGCCUAAUAUAGACACAGAUCAGUGGUACAGAACCUUCAUCCCUCAUGCUUAUACAGUUGCACAUUUGUGAUUGUUCCACGACACGGGGAAACCCAAGCACUGACACCCAUCAAAACAGACUGCGCAAUACGAUGCAACUGAUAAGACUGUGAGUAUCGAUCACCUCAAACAGAAUGCUGGAACAAUCUGCACAAAACAUCGUAUACGCUUAUCAGAAAUUAAACCCUAAUGUACUGUAAAUAAAUAUGUACAGCUGUAUUGAAAAUGUAGCAAUUAUUUCCAUUUUCAUACUUGUAAUCAAUACAUAUUAUGUAGCAUAUACUGUAUAAACAUAACUUUGUUCACUUUGUUUGUUUGUUUUUCUAUUUCUAAAAGAAUUAAGUACUUUAUCUGCUGCAGCCAGUCCAUGAAUUACCUGUAGUUCUACUAAUAAACAGUGAGCUCUCUAAAGAAAGGCACAGGCCAACGGUUGUUUAAUCAAAUUUAUGCAAGAUUCCCUUUAAUCUCUGUUACGGAUUUAUUUAAGGCCCUUUUUCUACAUUUAUUUUUUAUUUGUGUACAGAAUUCAACAGCUCGCAGUCUUGACUUUUUUGAAUACUUUGCUGCUAUUUUGAAUUACGGUUGUUCAUUCUACUACAUUCUCUUACCAUGGCGAACGUUAUUAAUAUAGUGCUUAUUGUUUUUGUUUUUUUUCCUUUCUCAAAACCAUGUGAAAUGAAGUAUGUACCUUGAAAAGUGAGCCCUCCUGUAAUAGUAUUAAGGCGCUUGAAUCUCUCUUGGUUGUUGUUGUUUUACAAUAGUUUGUACCAAUCUGUACAGUCCAGUACACCCAGUGAGAAGAAGACCUAUCUUAAUUGUUGGAGCGUCACUGCUUGGCCUUUGGGGUUGUUUUUUUUUUCCACCUGCUGGUGUUAGAAGAGUUUUUUUAAACGAACACGUGUCAGGUGGAAAGAAAUGGGCAGGUGCAAUGCAUGCAGAGAUUCCUUACACUGAAAUGUUCCAAUGAUACUUACUAUUGUGCCCAGUUUUGAUUUCAAAUACCAACUAAUCACCUUACUAUGAUUCCUUUUCACAGACUGAUAAGAAACCAAGGUAGGCCAUUAUUUCCAAAAUAACGUACAGAAGCUGUUGGUUUUUGUGUGUCUUCUAAAAACAGUGGCCGUUAUAUGAGUGCCAUACUAUAUUGAUAUGGUAUACGGUGUACCUUGGAAAUCACUGUAGUGCUAUAUUUG